AUGCUGCCCAGUGCGCUGUACUGGGACCUGGUGGGCUCCUCGGCGCUCCUCAACCUGCCGGCGGCGCCGGGCUUCGGCAGCCUGGGCAAAAGUUUCCUCAUCGAGAACUUGCUGCGGGCCGGCGCGCCGCAGAGCCCUGCCCAGCUCCGUCCCCUCCCCGCCAGCCCCGUCCCCCUCAAGCUGUGCCCCGCGGCGGAACAAAUCAGCCCCUCGGGGGGUCCCUAUCCGACCAGAUGGGCUUUCCAAGUGCUUAAUCCCUCGGCGGCGGACGGCGGCCGCCUGCCAGCGCGGGCUCCGGCGGCGGACAGAGGCGGCGUCUUCCCGCCGGCGGCCACAGCUCUUUCCAAACACUUUUUUCUCCGAGCCCCGCCAUUCUACUCAGCAUGCUGCGGUGGGUCCUGUCAGCACCCUGCAUCCCCCACUGCUUUUCCAAGAGAGGAAAGUGUGCUGCCUCUUCUGACCCAGGAGUCUAACUCCAAAGCCCGGAGAGGUAUAUUAAGAAGAGCUGUCUUUUCUGAAGACCAGAGGAAGGCUUUGGAGAAAAUGUUUCAGAAGCAGAAGUAUAUCAGUAAAACAGACAGGAAGAAACUGGCCAUUAACCUGGGCCUAAAGGAGUCUCAGGUAAAAAUUUGGUUUCAGAAUCGAAGGAUGAAGUGGCGAAACUCCAAAGAAAAGGAAGUGCUUUCAAACAGGUGCCUCCAAGAAGGUCUUCAGGAAAACUACCUCUCACAGUCCGCCAUGAAUUUUGCCUCCCCAUGUCCCUCUGUGUGGGAAGUGUCACAGGAGCAGACAAGUCCAAGGUGGAGGGAGAAGUCUCCAGGAAACUCUGAAAGACUGGCUAGUAUACAGCCACCUCCAAGUGCAAACUCAUCACAGAGCCCGUUGUAUUUGUAUCCUGACCAUGACACUGCAAAUAAGGCAGUUACAUCAUCAACCUAAGAAAGUAGGGCCAGUUUGUAAAUUGAGUGGAGAGUGCAGGCUCCAAAUGAGAGGUCUUCUGAGACUAACAAUAUUUGGACACUGUAAAGCUAACUAGUUAUGUCUCCUAAAUUUGCUGAAGUCUAACACCAUUAAAAUGACAACUAAUGAUUUAAGAAAUAUUUUUCAAUACUCAGUCUUUUCAUGUCUCUUUUCCAGUCUUGUAAUGACCUUAAAUGUGAAAUAGAAAUUGAUGGUAAGUAAAACAAAGUGAAGCUGAAGUUUUGCUCUGAGUUAACAUCUGCACUGUGUAUAGAUUUUCAUUAAAACACACUGAUAGAAAACCACUUCUAUCUCUCACUGCAUUUAGAACAAGCAAUUUAUUUUAUGCAUGAGAUGAGAAUAACCCUGUUUCCCCAAAGAUAAUAAGUUGCUUUGGGUUCUUUUUGAGAUUGAUUAAAUGACACAGUAGGUGUGUAUUAGACAAAUGUAAGCAUUUUUAGUAUGUUUCCACCAUCUGUCCCCACCUGUAUCAGUAUCCAGCUAGUUGUAAAUAGCGCAGUUGCACAUCAGCCGAUAACCAUAGUGAAGUAUGCAAUAAAAAGACAAACAGCCAAUAAAAUGGACUGUGUUUAAGCCA